ACCUGGAGGCGGGAAGCCCACUCUAGAGUCCUCGGUGGCUCAGACACCCCAUUCCUCCCGCCGCCGUCUCGGCUCCGCCGCCCUCCUCUCCGAGCGUCGCCUUCCACCCCACCCCACCAAGCCGAGGGCCAUGGCGUUCGCCGCGCGGAGGAGCCUCGCCUCCCGCUUCUCCCACCACCUCACCCGCCGCUUCCACCCAUCCGUCCCGCAUCUGCUCACCCGCUCCAACGACGACGACCCCCCGAGCCCCUCAUCUCAGCCACAGCCACUCCCGUCAUUCCGCUCCCCGCUCCCGCCCGCUUCCAGAGCAGCCCAAACCCUACACCACCUCCUCCCCUUCUCUCUCCACCACUCGGGGCUACCUCGCCGCGGCUUCUCCUCCUCCGCCCCCGCCCCGGACCCACCCGGAGAGGUUGAUGCUGCCGCGAGCGUCCUUGUCGACGCCGCGGAGGCGGUGGCUUCGUCGGUGCCGGCGCCGUUCCCGGGGGAGGUGGCAGCCGCCGCCGCCGACUCCUUCUUCCCCGUCGCCGCGCUGCAGUACCUCAUUGACUACGUACAUACCUUCACCGGUCUCAACUGGUGGGCUUGUAUCGUGUUAACGACGGUGCUGAUCCGGACCGCUACGAUACCAGUGCUGGUUAGCCAGCUGAAGUCCUCCCAGAAGCUAAAUGCAAUAAAACCAGAGAUGGAAGCCAUUAAGGAUGCAAUGGAUAGUCCGGAUCCAAAAGCAGCGUUAGAGGGGAAGUAUAAAAUGACCGCACUCUUUCAAAAGCAUGGUGUUAGUCCAUUUAGUCCACUAAAAGGAAUGCUAAUCCAAGGGCCAAUGUUCAUGAGCUUUUUCUUUGCUAUAAAUAACAUGGUUGAGAAAGUCCCUUCAAUGAAAGCAGGAGGAGUAUUUUGGUUUACUGAUCUGACAACCCCGGAUCCUCUUUACAUCUGUCCUGUGUUAGCAGCACUGACCUUCUUGGUCACAGUGGAGCUUAACCUGCAGGAAGGAAUGGAGGGCAAUUCUAUGGCUGAUAAAAUGAAGACAUUUUCUAGAGGAAUGGCACUCAUGACAGUCCCGUUCACAAUGAAUUUUGCCAAGGGAAUUUUCUGUUACUGGGUCACGUCGAACUUGUUCUCCCUCGUAUAUGGUAUUGUUAUUCGUCGACCCGCUGUGAGGAAGUUGUUUAAUCUUCCUGCUUGGGAAGCUCCGUCUGCACCUGCGCUGAAUUCAGCCUUGAAUAUGUUUGGUGGAUCCAAGGCAGUACCUUCAGAAAAGUCACCUUUAGCACUCACGGCAGCCCAGCAGUCUUCUUUGGAGAAACCUGAUGCUGCCGCUCUUGGGUAUCGGGUAAAAAAUCUUGAAAAGAAGGGGAAAUCUAGAGGCAAAUCUCGGAAGCGCAGGUAAACCAUGCGGCACAUAGGAGCUUAAUGAGAGAGAAAAAAAGCCAUUUUGACCUCGUGGACGGUUGAGACUUGAUUUAUCCUGACAUGGUGCUAAGAUUUGAUUUUGCACAAGGAGGCCGCCAUUGUUUCUUCACAUUGUAGGGUUGCUGUGGCCUUCUUCAGUGAAUAAGAGCGAUUUUGAUAUCCUAAUAGUUUAUACACAAAUGUAAUUUGAGCAAGUUGCAAUAAUUAAUCUUGGUGUUUAUCUUCCGUAAAUGGAGAUUAACCAGUUCCUCUGGAGUUUUAGAGAGCCUGGGUGACAAAAUGGGGUAAACUAUGAUAAUCGGGAAAAUUAGAUCUUUGCCCCACUUUACUUCCCCAUUAGAUAAUUUGCCAGUUCCUCUGGAGUUGUACGCCUUCUUGAUGUUUUCAGACCUGACCAAAGGAUCACUCCUUCCGGAAUAACAUGAGCGUGUGCUUUCUUUCA